AUGCUACGAACGCUAGCUACAAUAUUGACCCUCGGCCUCGCGGUCGCAUCCCCGUCGCUCGAGGCCCGUGGAGAUGACCCCCACAAACUGAUCAUCGGCGCCCCGUUCCAAGUUCUGACCGCCGACUUCGAUGGCACCAAGUUCACUAUCACCGGCAACGUUACAACAGUCGGCUCAGCCCCUAGCUGGCUGCUCUACAAGCAGCCAAAUCUCGUCUAUGCUGUGAACGAGAACGCCAACGACACCAGUCUCUUCCAGCUUAGGGAGAACCACAGCAACCUUACGCUUCUAAGCAGCAUCACCAACGGCGCAUUGGGCGUCGUUCACCUCGAGUUCAACUUCUUCCAAACCAUCAUGGUCGGUGCCGGCUACGGAAGUGGAAUGAUCUAUGUCUGGAACUCAGCGUUACCGGAUGGGACCCUCGAGCUCGUGAAGCAGGUCAACAUCACCGGCAAGCUCGGCCCCAAGCAGCCCAACCAGGCGGCGCACCAUCCCCACCAGGCCGCUAUCGACCCUCUCGGUCGCUUCUUCCUGAUCCCCAACCUCGGCGGUGACGCCAUCGAGAUCCUCGACACGCACAACGGCCUGUCCACUCUGACGCGCCGUCCCCUAUUCGCCGGUUCCGGUCCCCGGCAUGGCGGCUUCCUGCAGGACCAGCGGAACAAAGUGACCUACUACGCAGUCGUCUGCGAGCUGUCAAACGAGGUCAAGUUCUUCAAGGUCAAGUAUUUGCCCAGCGGCAUCAAGUUGCUGCACGUCUCGACGCAGAGCACCUACGGCCCGGGUUUCGGUCCGGCCAACAAAACAACGGCCGCCGCUGGCGAGAUCGUCAUCGCUCGCAACAUGCGCGACGUCUACAUUUCGAACAGGCUCAGCGGGAACGAGACGGACAGUAUAUCGCACUUCAUCUUCAAUCCACCUGAGGGUACCGAUCGAAACCUGAAUGCGACACUCACCUUUGAUGAAUUGGUGUCGUCGGGCGGUAUCGCGCCGCGCAUGUUCAGUCUCAGCGCAGACGGUGAGGAGAGAAUUGUGUUUGUUGCAAACCAGGGAGGAGAGAACGGUCUGUUGGCGAUGAGGCGAGAUCUCGAGACUGGGAACAUUGAUCCUAAACCGAUCGCCACGGUGCUGAACACGGACUUGGUCGCGCCGCAGCUGGCUACUCAGGCGAACAUGGGGCCGUACUUUAUCCAGGAGAUCGUCUAG